GCUCGCUCGCGGAGGGGCCGGGGCUGUUCUCCCGUCCCCGGCGCCGAGCCCGCGGGCACGCUCCCUCCCGCCGGCGCCAUGGCCGCGCCUCCCCGCAAACUUUGCCUCGGGCCGGGCACGGAGGCGCAGCCGGCGCCCAGCCCGCCGCCGCCCGCGCCCUGAGUCCCGCGGCCGCCCUCCGCCGCGCCCUUCCCAGGCGGCGGCCGGCAUGGACGGGCCCCUGAACCUCUCCGCCACCCCGUGGGCAGCAGCGGCCAACCGGAGCGGCGGCGGCGGCCCCCCGGCGGCCCUGGCCGGCGGCGCCCCGCUGUCGGUGUUCGGCGUGCUGCUGCUCACCCUGCUGGCGCUGCUGGCCGCCGCCACCUUCCUGUGGAACGUGCUGGUGCUGGCCACCAUCCUGCGGGUGCGCGCCUUCCACCGCGUGCCCCACAACCUGGUGGCCUCCCUGGCCGCCUCCGACGUGAUGGUGGCGGCCCUGGUCAUGCCCCUCAGCCUGGUGCACGAGCUGGCCGGGCGGCGCUGGCGGCUGGGCCGGCGGCUGUGCCAGGUGUGGAUCGCCUUCGACGUGCUGUGCUGCACGGCCAGCAUCUGGAACGUGACGGCCAUCGCCCUGGACCGCUACUGGUCCCUCAGCCGCCACCUGGAGUACACCCUGCGCGCCCGCCGCUGCAUCUCCAACGCCAUGAUCGCCCUCACCUGGGCCCUCUCCGCCGUCAUCGCCCUGGCCCCGCUGCUCUUCGGCUGGGGCGAGACCUACUCCGAGGGCAGCCAGGAGUGCCAGGUCAGCAAGGAGCCUUCCUACACCGUCUUCUCCACCUUCGGCGCCUUCUACCUGCCGCUCUGCGUCGUGCUCUUCGUCUACUGGAAGAUCUACAAGGCGGCCAAGUUUCGCAUGGGAUCCCGGAAGAGCAACUCCAUCACCCCCAUCGCCCCCGAAGGGCUAGAGGUGAAGGAGGCCUCCCAACAAUCCCAAAUGGUCUUCACGGUCCGUCACGCCACUGUUACCUUCCAGACCGAUGGAGACUCGUGGAGAGAGCAAAAGGAGAAGAAAGCUGUCCUCAUGGUGGGCAUCCUUAUUGGGGUCUUCGUACUAUGCUGGAUCCCCUUCUUCAUCACUGAACUCAUCAACCCUCUCUGCUCCUGUGACAUCCCACCCAUUUGGAAAAGUAUUUUUCUAUGGCUCGGCUAUUCUAAUUCCUUUUUUAAUCCAUUGAUCUAUACGGCUUUCAACAAAAACUACAACAAUGCCUUCAGGAACCUGUUUUCCAGACAGCACUGAGCAGCAAGCAGGAAAUAGGAGGAAACCCCCUGUUCUCCAGCAACCCCUCUAAAGAUCCAUCACCUUCCCUACUUAGCACAUCCUAUACCAGGGGUUCUCAAACUGAUGGUCAGGACCCCUUGGGGUCGCAAAGUUAUUACAUGGGGGUUUGGGAGCUGUCAGCCUCCACCCCAAACCCUGCUUUGCAUCCAGCAUUUAUAAUGGUGUUUAAAGAUAUAAAAAAGUGUUUUUAAUUUAUAAGGUGGGGGUAGCACUCAGAGGCUAGCUACAUGAAAGGGGUCACCAGUUCAAGAGAUUAAGAACCACUGUCCUAAACAGACUGGGGAACACUGAAACAAACUCUCCACUACAGAGAUCACCAUAAGGAUUCACUGAGCUCAUAAAAGAUUGCUUCUGAAAUUCAGCAGCCCUCAGAGACUCUGCCCACACUUCCUUUCCCACCCUUAGAAUCUCUGGGUUGGAAUGGACCUCAGGAGGUCAUCUAGUCCAACCCCCUGCUCAAAGCAGGACCAAUCCCCAACUAAAUCAUCCCAGCCAGGGCUUUGUCAAAACUUCAAAAAAAAAAAAAAAACACCCUUCAAGCCAGUUGUUUUGUAAACAGCAAACAAGGGCUUGCUGAGUCUCCAGCCAGGUCCUUUUCCAGCAUAUGUUUGACUUUACCCUCUCUUCAGUGAUGUCACUCAGGGGCAGUUUGGUUGCAAGAGCAGGGCAGAGGAGUCCAUGUGACACAAAAGGGUUUUUGCAAAAAGAAAAGGAGUACUUGUGGCACCUUAGAGACUAACCAAUUUAUUUGAGCAUAAGCUUUCAUGAGCUAC